AGAUGGGUUUGGUGCUGACUGAAGGAUCGUCCAAGUUUUUGGAGGUUCCGAUAAUUUAGACACUAAAACCCCCCCCGAACCCGGUUCUGUCUUCUCCCCCCUGUUUUUUCCUCCCUUCUCCUCUUUUUUGCAUCAUCACAUCGAACAUUUAUAACAAAACAUCACCAUUCGUUAUCUUUUUCCUUUUUUUCUGUCAUUCGCUACAAUACGAGCUGGGAAUUAUUGAUUUUUUGUGCUUCAAGAAGUAAAUGUCUUUCGGCUUUUGAAUGAUUGAUCAAUCAGCAAUUGUUUUUGCAUAAUUAGCCUGGUUGGGUGGCUUUUUCAGCUGAAAACCAGGUUCCCGUCUCUCUCAAGGGGGCCGCCCUCCAAAAAAAAAAAAAACACCAACCAACACGCAUCCAGUCCAAUUGGCAUCAACCAUGGCGUCGCGUUGGUUCACGCUCCUCCUCCUCCUAACGCCUUCAUUGGCUCUCGACAACAAUUUCGACUUCUACCCCAAGGGCGCGCAGAAAUGUCUCUCCCAAGCCGCCGACGACGCCUCGUGCACUGGCGCUGACAGCAAGGAGCUGAACUACUGCCUCUGCGGUCUUGGCAACUACAACAAUGACUUCAUCCUCGGUUCCGCUGCGUGUAUCGGCAAGCAGUCGCCCGGCGAUGUGGAUGAGACGUACGAUACCAUGAACGAGGCGUGCUCUAAUUCGCAGACGCCGAUGAAGGUUACCAAGAAGGAGUAUCAGGAGGCGGCGGAGAAGGGUGCGAGUGCGAGUACGACUACUGAUGCGGCUACCUCUUCGACUGCUUCUGCGACGGCGACCGACUCGGCGAGUACCACGAAAGACACAGCUGCUGCUACGACGAGCGCUGAGAACAACGAUGAUUCGGGCUUGUCAACGGGUGCCACAGCGGGAGUAGCCGUUGGCGCAGCAGUCGGUGGUGCAGCAGUAGUAGGCCUAUUCGUGUGGUUCUGGAUGCAGCGCCGCAGGAAGAACGCCGAAGAAUCGCACCCCAUGCUGCCCAACUACGAGAACCGCGACGGUUCACCCUAUCAACCUACCGAGCCGAAACCAGCGUGGUCAGCAGCGGGUUCGCCGCAGCAAGCAAUGGGAACACCGGAUCCAAAUGCUGGAUUUUACAAGCCUCCUGAGCCGGUGGAACUGCCGCCUGAGCCAGCGCCUGUUUAUGAGAUGGACGGGACGGGUACUGCGGUUGAGAUGGAUUCUACGCCUGUUGAUCCACGGGGGAAUAGAUCGCGCUUGAGUUCGUCGCAUUCGUCAAUAUCAUCGGGCUGGAGAGAUUAAUGGUUUAUAAAAGAAUGAAGGAAUAAUGGUUCUGGAUGGGUAUGAAUGAGGUUAUAGCCUCGUGGAGUUUGGACGGUACAGGAUGUAUCACUGGUUGUCAUUUAGCGUAAAUACUUGACUGUUUCAUCAUAUUUUGUACUUUGAUGAAGUCAUUGUUCGAAUUGCUCACGACUGCGGCGGUUUCUGUC